AGAAUCUAGCCUAGAAGUUUUUGACAAUUGAUUAAAAAACAAGUUCUUAAAUUGAGAUAAAUAUCGAAUUUAGUGUACAAAACAUGUCACACAAGCCAAGCAAUGUGCUGCGUGCUAAAGAAAAUGCAAUGGCCAAGCCAGGCACCGGAACUUCAGCUGCACUCUCUGCAAUUGCGAUGCAGAAAAAACAAUUGCUAACCAAAAUGCAUACACAGCCAACAAAAGAGAAUGUCGCGCUUGCGCCUAGCAGCAGCAGCAGCAGCAAAACUGCCGCACAAUUAACAACCUCAAAGGCAAUGCCAGGAGAACAGCAAGUGCCAACAGCGACCACAUCAGUGCCUUCUACCAAGUGUGAAAAACCAGGAUCGACUUCAGUCCCAAAGAGCAAUAGCACUGAUAAAGAAAAGAGUGAGACAGCAACAUCAACAACAAAGCCUAAGAAGACAUGGGCCUUGAGCAAUUUUGAUAUUGGUCGCCAGCUGGGCCGUGGUAAAUUUGGUAACGUGUACUUGGCGCGCGAAAAGGAAUCCCAAUUUGUUGUGGCACUUAAAGUACUGUUCAAGCGUCAAAUUGGCGAAACAAAUGUGGAGCAUCAGGUGCGACGCGAGAUCGAGAUUCAAUCCCAUCUAAGACAUCCACACAUCUUGCGUUUAUACGCCUACUUUCAUGACGAUGCGCGCAUUUAUUUGAUUCUGGAGUAUGCGCCACAAGGAACUCUCUUUAGUGCCCUGCAGGCUCAGCCGUUGAAACGUUUCGAUGAUCGCCAGUCCGCCACCUAUAUCAAGUCCCUUUGCUCAGCUCUACUCUAUUUGCAUGAACGGGAUAUUAUACAUAGAGAUAUCAAACCGGAGAAUCUGCUAUUGGGACACAAGGGUGUUCUUAAAAUUGCCGAUUUCGGCUGGUCUGUACAUGAACCGAACUCGAUGCGCAUGACACUUUGUGGCACAGUUGAUUAUCUACCGCCCGAAAUGGUGCUAAACAAGCCACAUACUAAGAAUGUUGACCUAUGGAGCUUGGGAGUCCUGUGCUUUGAACUCUUGGUGGGUCAUGCGCCGUUCUUUUCGAAAAACUAUGAGGAGACAUACAAAAAGAUACUGAAAGUUGACUACAAGCUGCCGGAACACGUUUCGAAGGCUGCGGCCCAUUUGAUAUCCAAGCUGUUGGUGUUAAAUCCUCAGCAUCGACUGCCACUGGAUCAGGUUAUAUUACAUCCAUGGAUUGUGGCGCACACACAGUGAUUUGUAACCUUAAUGUUUUAAUUUUAUAUCGAUUUUAGUUUUAUUUUGUUUCAUCUUCAUCCCCAGUUUAUGUGAAAUUAUUUGUUUGAUUUUAGCUUGAGCGCCCAAUAAUAUAAUUAUCGCAUUUUACAUAUAUGUAUAUCCAUUAAGUUAUAUAACAAACAUUUUAUAAUUAACAUUUAUGCAAUUCAAUUUAUUAUGCUUCAAAUAAAGUUUUAGUGUUCUAGACACGUUUUGUUCGAUCCAA